GAUUACGCCAUCUACCAGCAUCAACUAACCAUGUACAAGCGCAAUAUUCUCGAGGCGCAAUUGAAAGAAGUAACUCUGAAAUAUGGCAAACUCGAUGACGAGGGCAUAGAAUUGGCAGAAGCAAUAAUGAAACGCACGGACUUGGUUUAUCAUCGGAGACGCAUCAUAUAUCUGCGACGCAUGAUCUUGUUCCACACUCACAUGGACAUUGAGGAAUUCAACUACGGGUAUGGGGACCACCCGUUCACUAUUGUCGACGGAAAGCCGGUUUGCAUUUGUUAUACCGAUCAGGGGGAUGAUGUUGACAUGGAGGAGGCACAAGAGGAGCAGGAGCUGGAGCAGGAGCACGAGGACGAGCAAGAGCCUCAGGAAGAGGAGGCAGGCGAAGGGGAUGGACAAACGCAAGAAGAGCAAGAAACUGACCUCAUGAUCUCGAACCCAGCACUGUACUUCGCGCUAUAUGCCGAAGCACACGAGCAUGAACCUCUGACGCCAGAGUCAAUGUCAUGAUCGGGAUUGGGCGUGGAUGGGAGGAAUGUGAACAGACGUCCGAUACGCCUGUUUCUCCGAAAAAUUUACGAACUGCCUACACCCAGUCUAGCACAGCCUUCUCACAUUCAGCAUCAUCGUAUUAUUUCAAGUCAGGCGCCGGCGCCGACACAGCAUUCUCACACAGCAAAAUCUAUUUUCAGCAUCAUUGACAGCAUAAUCCAAGUUUUGAUUCGACAGGGUUCGGAAAGGGAAAGGUGAUAAGGCAGGCUCGAAUGGAGGAUGGUAUGGAGAGUGACAGACCGGGGAGAAUGAAGGAUCCGGGGCUGGCGAUAGGAGGUGAAAUACAGAGCAGAAAAUCGGGGAUUAUAGACCGUGAUCGUAGUCGACUAUGGCUAGGCAUCAACAAUAAAGUCGGUAGCAAACAGGAAUAUAAGGUGGUUCCGGAGA